UAGGUGUUCAGGAAAAGUAUUGCUACGAUGCUAGCCGCUAUAUUUUAUGAUUAUUUAUACUAUAGUAUAUAUAUAUAUAUAGUAUAGAUUCAUAUCGAACCCCCCACCUUUCCGAUAGAAUACAUCUGCUAGUUCAUUAAAAUAAACCUCGUCACCUUGGGCAUGCCCGAAGUUUAUUUUAAUGAACAAAUCUGCUGCAUGGCCGGGGUUUAUUUUAAUGUACUGAUUUUGUCAAACUCCGUUGACAGCAGAUGUAUUGGACUACAGGUGUAGACCCAAUAUCGUAUCGCUGACGUCGACACGGUCUUCUAUUCAGCUGACAGAAUGCUGGACUGGCAGUGGCUGACUAGAGUAUCUCUCGUUUUGGUUGUCACGUUUGACAUCAGUGUCGACUGCGUCAGAUCCUGGCUGGACUUGAAUAUACCACAAGAGCAUGUGCCUUACUUCUUCACCAACAACCCUCACUUACGACGUCAGUGCUUAGCCGAUUCAUCAUGUCCAUAUAAGAAUAUUGCCAAUGUGACAAAGUGUUGGGGUUAUGAAAGUGGCUGUCAUGAGAAAAACCGCAUGAGUUCACCACAAUGUCCAGAAGAUGCUAAUGGAUGGGUGAACACGAAGAAGCUGCAAGUUGAGAAGUUCUGGAAUUCAGCUGAUUUUGGUUAUGUGACGGAAAGGAAGAAAGAGUUGACAACGUUUUGUGAAGGACGUGAUCAGGAUGAUUCAACUCUGGAAUGUGUCCGUUACUUCAGAUAUUGUAAGGCAACUAAUAUUUACAUGGAUUUGAGAAAAUCCAACAUUCGAUCUGGGACAAACAGAUACAGGGAAGAUAUAUUUACUGAAGGUCAAAUUGGAGGACACUGUAAGUUGAAGAAAGAUGCAGUUAAACAAGAAGGUGAACACAAAAGUCCCCUUCAGUCAUGGUUUGCUGAGCUUGAGAAUUAUUCAUCUUUGGAUUUCCAUCCAAUAAAAGAUAACAAAUGUGAUAUUGUAGUAGAAAAGCCAACAUAUUUCAUCAAACUUGAUGCAGGUGUAAAUAUGUAUCAUCACUUUUGUGACUAUGUCAACUUGUACAUCUCUCAACAUUUCAACAAUAGUUUUAGUACAGACGUCAACAUUGUCAUGUGGGAUACCAGUCCUAUGUAUUAUGGAGAUUUUUUUGAAGUGACAUGGGAAGCAUUCACUGAUCAUCCAGUGAUAUAUUUAAAACAAUUUGAUGGUAUACGUGUUUGUUUUCGCCAAGCAGUAUUUUCAUUCCUGGCCCGUAUGAGAUUUGGAUUAUAUUACAAUAUGCCUCUGAUUCCUGGUUGCUAUGGAAGCAGUCUGAUACGUGCGUUUAGUCAGCAUGUUCUUCACCGUCUUCAGAUACAACAGAAUGGACCACUGGAGAGCAAAAUACGGGUCACGUUGUUAACCAGGAGUACCACGUACCGCAACAUCCUGAAUGCAAAUGAGCUUGUAGCUGCCUUAAAAACUGUUGGAGAAUUUCAAGUGAUCAAUGUAGAUUUUAAUAGAGAUAUUUCAUUUAAAGAUCAACUCAAGAUCUCCCACAACAGUGAUAUUCUGAUUGGUAUCCACGGAGCUGGCCUCACCCAUAUGCUCUUCCAGCCAGACUGGGCCGUCAUCAUGGAAAUUUACAACUGUGAAGAUUCAGGCUGCUAUUUUGAUCUUUCAAGACUUCGUGGUUUGAAGUACAUGACUUGGGAGAGAAAAGACAAAAUGGUUCAAGAAGACGAGGGACAUCACCCAACACUUGGAGCCCACGCUAAAUUUACAAACUAUUCAUUUGACCGUGACGAGUUUCUAAGACUUGUAUUCAAGGCAGCAGAUCAUGUGCGGACUCAUCCAAAAUUUAUUGCAGAUCGAAAAAGAGUAAAAAAUCGGAAAAAACCCAUUAAUGAUGAACUUUGAUGAAUAUAUGAAAUAUAGGUGCAUUUGUAGCUAGUCGUGAAUACAUACAUAUUGAGCAGCUGUUGUUACAUUUAUUUUAUAUUUAUUUUAUAUUUUGCUUUUAUAUUGGGAUGUGUAAUAAAUAAAUGUUUAAAGGUAUUGGAUCCUUGCAGGAUAUUUUGAUAAAAUGUCAUUGGUUAUUGGUUAAAAUAUUCGUUUGUUUUGUAUGCGACUGUGUAAAUGUAUUUGUAAGUGCAUAUAAUGGUUGACAAAUU